GCUCCAGCUUUGGUUGGCUGUCUCUCGGUCGCAAAAUUUCCAAAGCUCCGUCGGGAUCAUCUUCGGUGCGGUGGUCAUUGGUCAACUUUUAUUUCGUAAAUUAGCGUCGAUUCGUGUCCCAUCCGGGGUUGAAAACGUCACCAAGUGUGGGCAUCGGGUUUCCGGUCGAGCCCGUGAUGGAUUUGCGCUGAAAAAGUAAACUUUCUUUCGAUUUUACGUAUAAAAUUUGUAGUGUGCGACAAACAACGCUUCCGAAGCGGCUGGCGGCGGUGGCUGCGGAACGCGCGAGUAAGAAGAACCUUCUGUCUGUGUGUGAGAGUGCGUGUUAGUCCCGUUCUUUUUCCUACUCGGUCCCUUUUGUCGGCGGUGGCGAGCCGGAUUUGGGUUCAACGACGACGUUUAAUCCGAUCUCUGCUCUUUUUCUUCAUUUGAAUGCAUCAGCGGGACGGUUCCGGUAUGUCGGUGUCGUCGAUGCUAACGCGCAUCAAACACUAUCUGGAAGGUCGGAAGCGUAAAAGCAGCAGCGACGAUCCGUCAGACGCACCACUAACAACUUUCCCCAAAUAUCGUCGAGUCGCGGAAGAGCAGCAGCAGCAGGUUCCCAGGUUCAUUUCGACCCCGUUGAGUAAUGAUUUGCAUUCCAAGCCCGGAGCCGGUGACGAUAGGUUAAAGUAUUCGCACUCGUACAUACGUAAACCAAUGGCGGCGGAAUCAUCCAGCAGCAGUGGUGGUGCCGGCCAGCAGCAGCAACGGCAGAGUGCGUACUUUGGCGGUGUUACUGCCGGUAAGACCCGGCUCGAGUUUGCCGACAUUGAGUUCUCCGACGAUGACGAUGAUUUGGACUGGAUCAACCACCAGAUUGGCAGCCGGACAUCGUCCGCUAAGGGCCAGGGACAGAAGAGCAACGUACAGCCACUGCGGUGUCCUCCGCCGUUGGCCAAACUUAAAACCUUUUCAACUCCGGUUCCGUCACUCUUUCCCAUUCGGUCGCAGCUGGUUGUCAACGGGAACGCAGGACACUCUGACCGAUCAUCGCAGGACACUUUUAAAAAGCCGUUCAUAUUCAAGUCCAAACAGCAGCAGCAGCCGCAGUCAACGAAACGCAACUCAAUUAUUGUCCAAAACUACAACCAGGACGAGGUGAACAAGUACCGUGCCCUGCUGAAGCGUUUAUUGCCAAAUCUAUACUCGCCGGAUGAGCCUACCGCAGCGGGGGCGGCUUCCCGAAAGGACUCUCUUCUCUCCGCUCACCACGACGAGUUCAACCUGUCCUCGUCGACGGCGUUGAAUGCUAGCCACCAUCAGCAACAGUCGUCGUCGCGUGCUGGAUCGCUGAUUCGACGGUCCAUCCCGGUGAUCGACCUUUCGCUAGAGGAGAGCGAUGCCGAGGGUCGGAAGAAGCGCACAAGCCUGUUCACCACCGUCGAUCUGUCGCAGUACGACGUAGCAGCGGGACAGCAGGAUGAGACGGUUCUGGCAACGCCGCCCAUCGAUCCAGUCAACACGUUACGGGAAAAGCUCGAAACGAACAGUAAAUUCUCCGAGGACGUGGUGGAAAAUGUUCAGCGGAAGUACAGCAAAACCUCCGACCAUCGGAAGAGCCUCAUCGAGCAAGAACGGGAAAAUUUAAAAGAGUUGCAGCGAAACACCCAACAGUAUGAGGGUUCGUUCGAACGCAAGCUGGGCGACUUUAUGCUCAAGUUCGACACGAUCGUGCUCGACGAAGAGGAAAGCGAAGAGGAGGAAGAAGCUUACCCGGAGCUGACGGAGGAGCACCAGGGCGUAAUCAAGCGCGCCCUGUACGGCGGACCACGAACGGAUGUUGUCAUGAGCAAGUUCAACAUCAGCAUCACUCGUAACGAUCUGGCCACGUUGAUCGGCGAUAACUGGCUAAACGACGAGGUCAUCAACUUUUAUAUGAAUUUAUUGAUGGAACGUAGCGAGCAACGGGCGGAUGACGGAGUGCCCCGCGUGUACGCCAUGAACACGUUCUUCAUCCCGAAGCUACUGUCGGCGGGCCACUCGGGUCUCAAACGGUGGACCCGCAAGGUGGACAUCUUCACGUACGACAUCAUCCCGGUGCCGGUGCACGUUGGCCGUGUUCACUGGUGUAUGGCCAUCAUCGACCUUAAAAACAAAGCGAUACGCUACUACGACUCGAUGGGCACGCCCAACAAUCCGGUACUGAAUGCGCUCGAGCAGUACCUGCGGGACGAAUCGCUGGACAAGCGGAAGAAACCGUUCGACACUAGCGACUUCCAGAAGCAAAACAUGCACGAAUGUCCGCGGCAAAUGAACGGCAGCGAUUGUGGGGUGUUCAGCUGUAUGUUUGCCGAGCACGAAGCCCGAGGCCGUGAAAUCGGGUUUUGCCAACAGCACAUGCCGUAUUUCCGCCAGAAAAUGAUUUACGAAAUUUCCCAGGGACGAUUGCUGACUUAAGGUAAAGAAGGAAAAUCUCGAUAUUCAGUUUGAUACGAAAGUCGAAACAAAUACAAGUCGCUCCGAAAUCAAACUACUGCGAAAUAGUUUACACUAAGCUUAAUCUACAUGAUGAUUAUAAACAAACAAGAAACCAUCAACCCCA